AUGUGCUCCAGACAGACCUCAGGAGGCUGCCAUGAAACGUCCUCCCAGUCCAGCGGAUGUCACAGCGGGGGCUGCUGCUGCCACGGGGGCAGCUCCUCCAGCUACCAGGCGCAGGGCUCCUCCUGCUGUGGGGGCUCAGGCUCGGGCAGCUACAGCGGGGGCAGCGGGGGCUCUGGCAAGAUCAUCGUGAGCUCAGGUGGUGGAGGAGGUGGCUCAUCUGGAUGCUGUGGUGGGGGAUCCAGUGGUGGAUCUUCAGGAGGGAAGAUCAUCAUUGGAGGUGGAGGUAGUGGAGGUUCCUCUGGAUGCUGUGGUGGGGGAUCCAGUUAUGGAAUGGGAGGAGGAUAUGGUGGUGGGUCUUCAGGAUCAAAGAGCAUCGGUGGAGGUGGAGGUAGUGGAGGAUCAUCCGGAUGCUGUGGUGGGGGAUCCAGUGGUGGAUCUUCAGGAGGGAAGAUCAUCAUUGGAGGUGGAGGUAGUGGAGGUUCCUCUGGAUGCUGUGGUGGGGGAUCCAGUUAUGGAAUGGGAGGAGGAUAUGGUGGUGGGUCUUCAGGAUCAAAGAGCAUCGGUGGAGGUGGAGGUAGCGGAGGAUCAUCCGGAUGCUGUGGUGGGGGAUCCAGUGGAUAUGGUGGAUCCAGCUAUGGCAUGGGAGGAGGAUAUGGUGGUGGGUCUUCAGGAUCAAAGAGCAUCGGUGGAGGUGGAGGUAGUGGAGGAUCAUCCGGAUGCUGUGGUGGGGGAUCCAGUGGUGGAUCUUCAGGAACAAAGAUCAUCAUUGGAGGUGGAGGUAGUGGGGGUUCUUCUGGAUCCUGCGGUGGAGGAUCCAGCUAUGGCAUGGGAGGAGGAUAUGGUGGUGGGUCUUCAGGAUCAAAGAGCAUCGGUGGAGGUGGAGGUAGUGGAGGAUCAUCCGGAUGCUGUGGUGGGGGAUCCAGUGGUGGAUCUUCAGGAACAAAGAUCAUCAUUGGAGGUGGAGGUAGUGGGGGUUCUUCUGGAUGCUGUGGUGGGGGAUCCAGUUAUGGCAUGGGAGGAGGAUAUGGUGGUGGGUCUUCAGGAUCAAAGAGCAUCGGUGGAGGUGGAAGUAGUGGAGGAUCAUCUGGAUGCUGUGGUGGGGGAUCCAGUGGCUACGGCAUGGGAGGAGGCUACAGUGGUGGCAGUGGCCAGAAGAUCAUCGUGAGCUCAGGUGGUGGAGGAGGUGGCUCAUCUGGAUGCUGUGGUGGGGGAUCCAGUGGUGGGUCUUCAGGAGGGAAGAUCAUCAUUGGAGGUGGAAGCAGUGGGGGAUCCUCUGGAUGCUGCAGUGGAGGAUCCAGUGGUGGCAGUGGUGGUUCCUCAGGCCACACAAUCAUCAUCAGCUCUGGAGGGGGCAGCGGAGGCUCCUGCCAGUCCACGCAGCAGAAAUGCCCCAUUGUCAUUCCCCACAUCCCGUCCCAUCAAACCAAGCAGGCCUGCCACUGGCCCUCCGGCCAGCAGAAGUAA